UCAUGGAUAUAGUGAACCAGAAAUUUCGACAACUUUUAUCAAAUACGAUGAAGAUGGUGAUAAUUAUUUAGAUCUAGUAGAACAACAACAAUUAGCAUAUGAAAUUGAAAUGGGUGUAAUCUAUAGAACUGGAGAACCGAUUGACGAAGGCAUUGGAACAGAUGAUGAAAAAUCUGUUCGAGAUGAAGAGAAUUAUAUUGAUUCAGAAGAUUACUAUGAAUUAGUUCAAAAUGUUGAUCUAAUGGAAGCUACAUUAAUUUCUAUUAUUACACGUAUUGAUGAAUUAUUGGCAAGUUUAGAACAAAUUGAAAUAGCAAAACAAGAGCAUAGAAUACAAUUGGGUGCAAUAGUAAAAGAUGUGACUCGAACACUCCAGCUCAAAUGAAAGUAUGGUUCUAAACGAACUGAUUAGAAUUUACCAGCUACUUUUUACAAAAUUCAUAAGCAAUAUCAUGAACACCAUGAAUUUGUUUUAAUUUGCCAUUUAUUAUUGACCAUAUAUAUCCUUAAUAAACACUCA